AUGUCGAUUAUGCACCAUGUGGGCAUCGUCCUGUUUUUCCUUUGGGCGCUCUCUUGCUUCGGUUGGACUCACCUGAUCGCGUACUUCGUUUCUUUGAUUUAUCUGUUUCUGGUUCACGAGAGAUAUGUAAGGAAAUUGAGGACAAAUCUGCAGUAUGAAGAAUCGAAACAAGCUAAUCGAAAAAGGGUGCUAUCUGAUUCUGAAACAGUGAGGUGGCUGAACCAUGCGGUGGAGAAGAUAUGGUCUAUAUGCAUGGAAGAGAUCACUUCACAGAAGAUUCUUCUCCCUAUCAUUCCUUGGUUCUUGGAGAAGUACAAACCAUGGACUGCUAAAAAGGCCGUUGUGCGGCAUUUAUACAUGGGGAGAAACCCGCCAAUGUUCACCGAAGUGAGGGUUCUUCGCCAAUGUACUGGUGAUGACCACUUGGCAUUGGAGAUGGGAAUGAGGUUUUGUACAGCUGAUGAUAUGCUUGCAGUUCUUGCUGUAAAAUUAAGGAGAAGGCUGGGAUUUGGGAUGUGGACAAAAUUGCAUAUAACAAGCAUGCAAGUGGAGGGGAAGGUGUUGAUUGGAAUAAAAUUUCUACGUCGCUGGCCUUUCAUUGGACGUUUACGAGUAUGCUUUGCUGAGCCACCCUAUUUCCAAAUGACGGUGAAGCCCAUCUUUACCCAUGGGGUUGAUGUUACAGUGCUUCCUGGGAUUGCAGGGUGGCUAGACAAGCUUCUGUCGAUGGCAUUUGAGCAGACCCUGGUUCAGCCCAAUAUGCUAGUUGCUGACAUGGAGAAAUUUGUUUCACCUUGUCAAGAAACUUGGUUCUCUGUUGAUGAGAAGAAGCAUAUCGCUUUUGCAAAAGUUGAAGUUAUUGAAGCAUCCGACAUGAAACCAUCAGACUUAAAUGGUCUAGCUGAUCCGUACGUGAAAGGACAAGUUGGUCCCUAUGGAUUCAGGACAAAGAUCCAAAGGAAAACUCUGGCUCCCAAAUGGCUCGAGGAAUUUGAAGUCCCCAUUAUUACUUGGGAGUCACAGAAUGUUCUAGCAAUUGAAGUUCGUGAUAAAGACCACUUUAUUGAUGAUGCCCUCGGGAAGUGCACCGUAAAUAUUAAUGACCUGAGAAAUGGUGAAAGACACGACAUGUGGUUGCCCCUUCAGGACAUCAAAAUGGGUCGACUGCAUCUCGCCUUAACUGUGCGAGAGGAAAAGAAGGAUGCCACCUGUUCCAUAGAAGGAGAAGAAGCGAUGAACGAGCGAGAAGCACAUGAAUCUUUUGCCAACGACGCUACUAAUCGAUCUUCAUUCUCAUCUGUGACGUUGGAAUCCCAAAAGGUAUCUGACAACUUUGAGCCAAUCAACGUGGAGGGACAAAAAGAGACCGGGGUAUGGAUCCAUCACCCCGGCUCCGAAGUGUCACAGACUUGGCAGCCAAGAAAAGGAAAAAGUCGGAAAAAAGUCGAGUACACUCAGAGCAGCAAAUCCUUGGGCGACUCAUUCGUACAGUGCAACGACAGCAGUAGCACCGAUGAAGCUGAUGUCGACGGUAAAAGGCCAGGAAAUAAAGUUCGCCGAGGUCUACGUAGGAUCACAGCAGCAUUACGUGGGACUCCAAAAGUGGAAAGUUAUCAUCUAGGCGGCAACAAUAAUGAGGAAGUUGUUCAGUCUCCUUACGCCAACAUUCGAGCAGCAAAUCAGAAGGAAGGUGGGGUGAAGUUUGUUGUUGAGGAUAGCCUCUCCGGACAGAUACCUAAUAAGCAACCAAACUCGAGUCCCGACUCAACUUGUAGUCCGGGGAAGGGCGGUAAGAGGGAGAAGAGGAAGUGCAUUUUGAAACAGAUGGAGAAGUCGGCUAGGAGCUUGAAGCAUGUGCUAUCCAGGAAAGCAUCCAGAGUGUCUCGAGGAGAUGGUGGACCGAAGUUAGGGGCUGAGCUAGCAAUGGAUGCUGAGUUGGACACUUCCGACGAAGAUGAAGAGGAUGAAUCUCGACCUGCUGUUGCUCAGCCAGUUAUUGUUGGCAAUCCCAUCACGUCGUGCUAUGGGAGCAACGAAGAUUCGGACAAUGGGAAGGCGAAGGAGAAGAGUGGUGAAACUGGAGCGAGUGAGGAUUUGGCGAAGAAUGAAGAGCUAGGUGAUCAUGUGAAUGGGAAUGGUGAAGGCACAGAAAGGAAGGUGAUCAAUAGGGAAGUGGGUAGCUCGGAAGCAGACUACAAGGUACAAGAGGGGGAGACAUUGAAGCCUGCUACUGAUCAAGUGGGAGUUGAGAAGAACAACGUGGAGGAAGAGAAGGUCAGGCAAACAUAG